CUCAGAGGCACUUCCUUCUUCCUCACCUGUCUCUCUCAGUGGGCUUGGUGCAGCAGUGUAGUGUAGGGUGGCUUGUUGUUCUGUGCUAUCAAGCGUCUUUCUGGAGUUCUCAGGACCAACAGCUGCUCUCUGUAAGUGUGUGUGGGAUGUCGUGUCAGGGCUAGAGCCCCUUCCUCUCCCAUGAGCCUGUGCGCCCACACACACACACGGCGCCCCCGUAAACACACCCAGACCCGGCACUGAAGUUGUGAAGUGGACCCCUCAGAGCCAGACCGGAGCAGAACCGGAUCGAACCGGCCGUUGAGCCGGCGGGGCGGAGCCUGAGGAUGUCAACAGAGGCGGAGCUACAGCCAGCUGUCAGGCCCAGUGUCAGGAGAGACCCCAGGAGAAAAGGGCAGGAUCGCACUGAGGCCGGGUUGAUCAGGCGGUUUAAAGGAGAUGGCGUACGCUACAAGGCUAAACUUAUCGGUCUGGAUGAAGUCACUGCAGCAAGAGGAGACAAACUCUGUCAAGACUCUAUGAUGAAGCUUAAGGGUAUAGCGGCAGCCGGGCGGUCUAAAGGUGACCACAAACAAAAGGUGUUUCUAACCGUCUCCUUUGGAGGAAUCAAGAUCUUCGACGAGAAGUCUGGGGUCCUCCAACACCACCAUGCAGUCCAUGAGAUCUCUUACAUUGCUAAAGACAUCACGGACCACCGAGCCUUCGGCUAUGUCUGUGGGAAGGAGGGGAACCACCGCUUUGUAGCCAUCAAGACCGCUCAGUCGGCAGAACCAGUGAUCCUGGACCUCCGGGACCUGUUCCAGCUCAUCUAUGACAUCAAACAGAGGGAGGAGAUGGAGAAGAAAGCCCAGAAGGACAAACAGUGUGAACAGGCUGUUUACCAGACCAUACUGGAGGAAGACUUGGAAGACCCAGUCUACCAGUACAUUGUGUUUGAGGCAGGACACGAGCCCAUCCGCGACCAAUCAGAAGAGAGCAUUUAUCAGGUUCCGACCAGCCAACAGAAGGAGGGGGUGUAUGACGUCCCCAAGAGACACCCAACCAGUCCGAACGCUCCGAAUGGUCAACACGAUCACCCACAGCCAAAACAGCAGCCAGAGGAGAGCCCCUCUCUCAUAGAUUUCAUGGAUAUGGACAGUGUAUGGACACCACAGAAUAUCAACCAAUUAGAGCUUUUCGGAGACAUCUCCACACUCCCGGACAUCUACUCACCUUCGACCCCUGCCUCACCAGCCAACACACUGGACCCAUCUCUGGGUCUGCAGCCCCCUGCAGAACUCUUCACGCCCUUCAACCCUUCCUCCAUACCCUCAGAAAUCGAGACUCAUCAGACCAGGCAACAUUCUUCCAGUCUUCAACUGUCCAAUUUUGGUUAUGUGACGAUGGGGGCGGUACCUCCAGGCCAGGUGUGGUCCCAGCAGGCGUUCGCGGCCCAGGCAGGUCCUCUAUUCGGGGUCCAGUCUCCCCUGGGUCAGUCCCUCCCUGUGGCCCAGGUCCUCCCUGGAGGCCAGCCUCUCAUUUGGGGCCAGGCCAACCUCUUCCCUGCUACACAGCAGCAGUGGGCAGCCAUGACGGGAGCAGGGUUCCCUGCUACAGCCUACCUCCCAGCCCAACCAGGAUCUCUACCUACCAUGCCUGCCAUGUUCCUCCCUGUCAAUCAACCCUGCGACAGCCUAUCAGCCUCUGGGGCCGCCUCUAACCUCGCCCCGUCAUCAGCCUCCAGUCCCCAUCAUGCAGAGCGACAGCGGCAGAAGACGAGCAAGGAGAUGUUUAGGGACUUCCAGCUAGCCAAGCCCCCGGCCAUGCCGGCUAAGAUGGGGGACCAACAGCACUACGUAGCGGGAACCUCGGAGGCCUUCAGCUCCUACUUCAGCCGCUUGGGCGCGGCCGCCGACACGGAGGACUGUGAUGACUUUGACAUCUCCCAGCUCAACCUCACUCCUGUCACCUCCACCACGCCCUCCACCAACUCACCGCCGACCCCAGCCCCCAGGCUGUGUUCUCCCUCCAAGUCGUCAGCGUCGCACGUCAGUGACCCCCCCACAGAUGCCACCGACCCCCCCACAGACGACUCGUUCGGUGAGGUCGAGGGCAGCCCCAGCCGCAGUGGGGAGGAGGAUGCGGGGAAGGAAGUCUGUCAGCGGGGGAAGGAUCCUCUCUACGCCCAGAUCAACAAGGGGAAGAAAUAGAGACACUGGACUGACCAACCAACGCUGCUGUGUGUGUGUGUGUGUGUGUGUAACUCUUCACUAGCAGCAGCCGGGCCUCCCCUCUAACAAAGGACCCUACUCCCUCCUUCCCACUCUCUUCUUCACUCUUUAUCUCCCUGUCUCGCCCUUUCAGUUGUUGCCUCCCUUACCUACGCACACACCCCUCCACCUCGGUAUCAAACAUGGACACACUCAGUGACUGCAGUAGGAUGAGCAAUGAUUGGUGUGCUGGGAUUGUUAUAUCUGAUUGGCCUUUUUAUUGGGAUCUUUACAUCUGAUUGGCCGGUUUAUUGGGAUCUUUACAUCUGAUUGGCCGGUUUAUUGGGAUCUUUAGAUCUGAUUGGCCGGUUUAUUGGGAUUUUUACAUCUGGCUAUUUGGGAGUUUUUUCUUCCUGACCUGUGAGUGUCUGCUGAAUCACUAUGCAGAUAUAGACUCUGCGAGCUGCUCACAUAGAUGAAAUGUACACACACACACAUGCACACACACUUUGAGUGCACACAUAUUGUAUACACACACAGUGAUCACACACAUGCACACACACAGAAACACAGUGUUUUGCCAAAUGUUUCUUCUCUGAUGGAUUCGGAGGGAACGGACAGAGGGGCAUAAAUGUUGCCAACCUAACUGGCACUGGCUGGCAUGGACUGAUAUUGCCAAAACAACCGGGCACCGCUGGGCGUCGGAUGGAUGUUGCCAAACUAACUAAUUCUGUGAUUGAACUGCUCAUUCUCUAUAAUAGCUUUUGUACAAUAUGGAUUAAAACAGAAACACGGAAAAGGAAUUUUUAUUUUCUAAGCCUGUCAAGCCGCCGGAGUCAACUCUGCUGGAGUAACACUGUCACAUGGCUUUAAGGGACCUGAUUGUCUGUUUGCCAAACUCAUUUUGUAAAUAAUAAUAAUUCUAAUAACAUCUACUGAUAAUAUAGAUAUUCUGUCCACAGGACUUCUGUGCCAUAAAAUAGGCAGGCUUCAGUUAUGCAACUAGAAGGUAUCAAGCAAUACCAACAUUUCCUCUGUCUUUCAGCCUGUCUGUCUGUGUGCCUGUCUGUCUUUCAGCCUGUCUGUCUGUGUGCCUGUCUGUGUGUCUUUCUGCUUGUCAUUUGUCUGUCUGCCUGUCUGUCUUUCUUUCCAGGUUCAUAUUUAUAUCUUCAUCCCUAUGAAUGUGUGUGUCUGUUCUCCUACCCAGCACUUACUGUGCAAGACUUUACAAUACUGAUGCUUAUUAACAUGUAUGUUACGUUCCCUGUAACCUCUUUAAGUCACCCAAUCAGCUCCUCUGCACUUCAUAUCAUCCUUCAGUCUGAGUGACAGAAGCCUUAACCAUCAACCCAACCGCACUCCUCACAAUAUCUGCCUGUCCGUCUGCCUGUCCGUGUCUCAUCGGCCUUUGUCCCGCUCGUCUGUCUGUCUCCGUGCUUCAGUCCGUCUGCCUGUCCGUGUCUCAUCGGCCUUUGUCCCGCUCGUCUGUCUGUCUCCGUGCUUCAGUCCGUCUGCCUGUCCGUGUCUCAUCGGCCUUUGUCCCGCUCGUCUGUCUGUCUCCAUGCUUCUGUCCGUCUGUCUAUCCGUUCUGUACAUCUCUGCUAGUAGGCUACUCCAUCAACUGUGAUGCCAAUGACUCUAUUUUAUGGCCAGGGGUCUCUGUGUGUUUAGACUCCUUUGGAUAGACAUAUUGAUAAAUAAUUCUGUUUGGAUGAAAGAGGACUAAAGGGAAACACGCUGUUUGAUUACGUAACAUUUCUAGACCCAUUUUAACCUUACCUCAGAUAACGGUUUCUUAAUGUAAAUUGACACAUUAUUUUUAUCUUUAUGAAUACAACAGCAUUCUACCGUGGAUUUUUAGAAGAUUUUUCUUUUCUUUUGGUUUGAUUUACGUCUUCACCAUGUAUAACUGUUACUAUUAAACACAUCCCAAUGGAUAACUGGAUCUGAAUAAUCA